AUGAUGGGAGGGGAUAAGGCAGGGGAGGAGAGGAUACUGCCCGAUCAGAUCUUCGACCUCAUCGUGCUGGGUGGAGGACCGACGGGUCUGACGGCAGCGCUGACGGCCGCGAGCAUCGGGCGGACGGCGGCGAUCAUCGACGGGACGCCUGUGACGCAGACGCAGUUCUCGGGGCCGACGGGACUUUUCUCGAAGGCACUCAGAGACUCGGCGAAGAAAGUCAAAGUGAGGACGCUGAGGGAGAUGGGACUGCGAGACACUUCGAUCUGGAAACAAGUGCAGGAUCUCACCAUGGACAUCCUUGACGCUAGCGGAAAGAAGAACCUUGCUGCCAUCGAGGGGAACAGGGUCCCCACCGUGCGGGGGACGGCGGUGCUGUUCGAGGACGACGAUCCUACGAACAGCAAGAUCAAGAUCGAGAGGAUGGACGGGAAGACGGAGUACGCCAAGUGCAGGAAGCUGCUCUUUGCCACCGGGUCGAGGCCCAUGAGACUCAACAACAUCGCGUAUGAUGACGUGGGCAUUUUCGACUCCGACUCGAUCCGCAAGCUGAGUUUCCUUCCUCGAGAGGUCACGAUUGUCGGGUCGGGUAUCAUCUCGAUCGAGUUUGCCAAGAUCUUCAACUACCUUGAGUGCAAGGUCAACAUCAUCAUCCGCUCCAGCUCCUUCGAGGGUGCGCUGAGCAGGAUCGGGGUCGACCAUGACGUGGCAGUGGCGCUGGAGGAGGACCUCAAGAGCAGCGGAGUGAACCUCUACUUCGACGCCGAGAUCGACAGCAUUGAGAAGCCUCAGGGGGCGCACGUGUCGGAGGAGCCCAUGAAGAUCAAGAUCAAGAGCAGCAGCAGCGGGCAGCACAUGGCAGAUGUCACAAGCAACAUCGUCAUGACUGCUACCGGCCGGCUCGCCAACACGCAGAAAUUGGGGCUGGAGGAGGCGGGAGUGAAGAUGGAGAAAGGCACCAUCCUCGUCAACGGCGACCUCGAGACCUCCGUCCCCGGCGUGUACGCUGCUGGGGACGUGGUGGGGGCCCCGUCGCUGGCCAGCACGGGGAUCGAGCAGGCGAUCACUGCAGUGAUGCGCAUGUUUGACCAGGACGAGCUGACCGACGGAACCUGGAUGUCGAUCCCUCCUGGCACUGGCAAGGACCCCAAGAGCCUGCUGCAGUCUCCCCUGCAGUACCCGAUCGGCAUCUGGACGCUUCCUGAGAUGUCGUUCAUCGGGUACACCAAGAGGUCGGCGGAGAAGGCUGGGUACAGCAACGUUGGGGAGGGGAGGGCCUCGUACGCCAAUACCAUUCGGGGGAGAGUGCAAGGAAUCAACUUCGGCCUCAUGAAGAUCGUCUUUGAGAAGCCUUCAGGCAAGAUUCUUGGC